AGGGUAUAGAUGCCCUCUCAAAAGGUAUACAUGAAACCCUAAGGAAUAGAUUAUUCCAAUUCCCAAGCUCUCUCUAUACAUAAUAACACAAAACCAAACAAACUAAGUAUAUAUUUAUUACCAUUUCUAACUUCGUAGCAAUAAUAAUUCAUAACUCUCCUCUCUUCUCCUCUCAUCGAAACAGAGCAAUGUCCAACAACAUUGAUGGAAGAAGCAAUGUCAAGGACUACCAAGACCCACCUCCCGCUCCCCUCAUCGACUCCGACGAGUUCUCUCAAUGGUCAUUUUACAGAGCCAUUAUCGCUGAGUUCGUUGCCACGCUUCUCUUCUUGUACAUUCUUGUUCUCACUGUCAUUGGCAAUGCCAGACUCUCCGACACCAAUAUCUGCGGCGGCGUCGGCGCUUUAGGCAUUUCCUGGGCCGUCGGCGGCAUGAUCUUCGUCCUUGUUUAUUGCACUGCCGGAAUUUCUGGUGGCCAUAUUAAUCCGGCGGUGACGUUCGGUAUGCUGUUAGCUCGAAAAAUCUCCCUAGUCAGAGCUUUUUCUUACAUUUUGGCUCAAUGUUUGGGCGCAAUUUGUGGAUGUGGUUUAGCUAAAUCAUUACAACAGACUUAUUACGUUCAGUACAACGGCGCAGCCAAUAUGGUGUCAGAUGAGUACAGCAUCGGCACCGGCUUAGCCGCAGAGAUAAUCGGGACUUUUGUUCUUGUUUACACUGUCUUCUCCGCCACCGACCCCAAAAGAAACGCUAGAGAUUCUCACGUCCCAGUUUUGGCACCACUCCCAAUUGGGUUCGCUGUGAUUAUGGUUCAUUUAGCUACCAUUCCGAUCACCGGCACCGGCAUCAACCCAGCUAGAAGCUUAGGAGCUGCUGUGAUCUUUAACAAAGCCAAGGCCUGGGAUCAUCAUUGGAUCUUUUGGGUUGGGCCAUUCAUUGGAGCUGCCAUUGCUGCAAUUUAUCAUGUAGUGAUAAUAAGGGCAGGAACCAUUAAAGCUCUGGCUUCCUUCAGAAGUUCAUCUGCUCUAUAAAUCUUAUCCCAAUCUUGUUUGUUCCAAAAAAAAAAAAGAAAAAAAAAAGUGAACUUUUUAAGGCACUCUGUUUUCCCCUGCCAUUUUAUGUAAUUCUGAAUUUUGCUUUUUUGUGCUGAACUAAUGAAGUGUGUUAGAUGUUUA